UAGUUUUUUAAGAUAUUUGUUUUUUUCAGUUUUUUUUUUUAAUGUAAAAAAAGUUGACUCCGGUUGGAGGUGGAUUCCGAAGUCCCGAUUGGUCUCCGUCGUUCAAUCGUCGUCGGAAGUUGGAAGCCUCUUCAGAAUCAAAAUUCUCCCUCCGUCGAGCGACGAAUGAAACGGCAUUCUCGAUCUUUGCUAUGUUUAUAGAUCUCAGUCUCUGAGUUGAGCCAGUAAAGAUUAGCUGAAGAUCAAUCAGCCAAGCCGAGCUUCGGAUUUCUCUUGAUUAGUCCAAUUUUACGAAUAUAUCUCGAAAUGAAACCUAAUUGGGAGCUUAAGCACUGCUGUAACCACGAGCAAGUUGUGUUUCUGAUUACAGUUUCUGUUUGCACAGUUGUUAUUCUGGCGCUUUGGAGGACGAUACUGCUGAAACCAUUCAAACUUGUGACGGUGUUUCUUCAUGAAGCAAGCCAUGCCAUUGUUUGCAAGCUUACCUGUGGCCAUGUUGAAGGAAUUCAGCUUCAUGCAGAUGAAGGUGGAGCUACACAAACACGUGGUGGCGUGUAUUGGUUGAUCUUGCCAGCCGGAUAUAUUGGUUCAUCAUUCUGGGGGAUGCUCUUAAUACUAGCAUCUACAAAUCUUCUUACUUCCAGAAUAGCUGCGGGGUGCUUUCUUGUUUCACUUCUUAUAGUACUUUGUGUAGCAAAAAUUGGACACUUCGUGGACUAUGCAUUGGAUUCAUCGUUUUUCUUGCUGUCGUCUGGGUGCUGCAAGAAACAACGAAAAAGAUCGUUGUACACUUCAUUCAAACUGAAGGAUUGGUGAGAAAGACUGACCAUUUUAUUUACCAAAACUGCAGAUAUAUAUGAUGAUCUAAUAUCCCGAAGGGUUCACUCAAGUGAUGCCGAGAAAUUUUGCUGAAGUGUGUCCUUGCCCAUGUAACGGUGUCGGAUGGGGUAUUAUUUGGGGAUUUAUAUCUUUCAUCUUUCUUUGUGGAGCUAUGUACCUUGGUCUUGUAAUCUUGUCUUGAGCUAAAUUUAUUCUUUGGAUGUGAAGAUCAAUGAACAACGUGGAUUUUUCAGAAAAAUGGAAUGGAUGUGGGAUUCUGUCUUCUUCUCAGCCGUAGAACUCUGUAAUUUGAUUUUUGCAGAUUCAGAGUUGAAUUCAUUUUCACUGGAGUGGUCUAAGAAAUCAAAAUCAAAUAUAUUGAACUGUAAUUGUACUUACCAUAGCUAUGAUCAAAUACAUGAUCCAACUAUGUAAUUUACUUAAAAAAAUUUACAUGUUGAAGACAUUUCAAAAAAUUAAUUCAAAUUG